AUGGAAGGAGACAUGGCGGUUAAGGUGAAGAGAGCAACGGUGGCGGCAUGCAUGACUUGUCCUCUCUGCGACAAGCUCCUCCGUGACGCCUCCACUAUUUCCGAGUGCCUUCAUACGUUUUGUCGAAAAUGCAUAUAUGAGAAAAUCACAGAGGAUGAGAUAGAGUCCUGUCCAGUAUGCGAUAUUGACCUCGGGAGUACCCCACUGGAGAAACUAAGGCCUGACCAUAUAUUGCAAGAUUUGAGAGCCAAAUUAUUUCCUCUAAAACGAAAAAGAGAGAGGGCGCCUGAGGUUGUCUCCUCAAUCACAUUACCUGCAAGGAGGAAAGAGAGGUCCAUCUCGUCUUUGGUGGUAAGCACACCUAGGGUUUCAGCACAAACUGGUACAACAGGAAAAAGAACAAAAGCUGGAAGAGGUAGUGGUUCGUUCACUAAGAGAACUGUGAAGAAGGAAGAAGAAUUCGGAGAUGGUCAUACAGACAGCGCAAGCUCGCCUGAAACACUUAAAAAAAUCACCCAGUAUAAAAGGCAGGUAAAGAAGUCUUCCUAUGCAGAGCCUAACCAGUCCCUCUCUAAUCGAAGAAACAAGGAUGCUGGUGAACCUUGGGAUUCCAAGUUACAUCUUUGGAAACCUCUAAAUUUUCUUGUGGAUGUGGCAAAUGGAACAAAGCCUUCUCAAGGGUCGGAUCCAAAAUCUGAGCUUGGAAAUGCAUCUCACAAUGAUGUUCAGGGGAGUAAAGCCAAAACAAAGGAUCAAAAAAGAAAAUGUAAACUCGAGGAAGAGAUCACCAAUAACGGUGAUCCUACAGCGUCAGAAACUGCUACGCUUAAAAGAACGCGUAGGACUCGCCGGAAAAGGUCAUCAACUUUUGGUGAUUCAAGAAUCCCACCGCUACUGGAUGCAGCAAGCCAGAAACAGGAGAGGAGAAACGGUCCUGUUUGGUUCUCACUUGUGGCGUCAAAUAAUCAGGAAGGACAAACAUCCUUGCCUCAGAUUCCAUCAAACUACUUGAGGAUAAAAGAUGGAAGCAUUCCAGUUUCUUACAUCCAAAAGUACCUCAUGAGGAAGCUUGAUCUCAAGAGUGAAACUGAGGUUGAGAUAAGUUGUAUGGGAGAACCAGUGAUCCCAACAUUGCAGCUUCACAGCUUAGUGGAGCUAUGGUUGCAAACAACUUCUAAGCAACAAAGAGUAGCUGCAUCGAUCGGUUCCUCCGCAAAGGAAUUUGUAAUGGUGCUGGUUUAUGCUCGGAAGGUCCCUGAAGACAACAACUAA